AGCGGCGAGCAAGGCGGCGAGGGAGCGGCUGCACCCGGGGGCGGGCGGGUGUCGCCCCCCCACCCCUCCCUCCGCGGCCCCUCCGAGGACGAGCUGCUGCGGUGACUGUGGUGGGAAGGAGAUGUUGUUCCUGGUGGAGUAGAGACCCCAACAGCAAGGUGUAGACAGACACAAGAUCCCCAGCGCUUCAUCCACAGACCCCUCUGUGGGGCCAGCAGCGGCAUAGCCGCAUGAAACCUCCUGCCUUGGGCUUGUGGUCAAACAGAACCCCAGAACUGACCCUGUGAGAUUACAUGGGGCUUGCUUUGGGCAUCCACCACCGCUCCAGCAUGGCCCCAGGAGGCCUAACGGGCCGCGGUGGGCGGCCGAGCCACGGUCUGGGGAGCCAAUGAGGGGAUGCCCGGGGACGGCGAUGCCCAUCACGCAGGACAACGCGGGGGUCUUCCUCCCCCUGCUGUGGCAGUGGCUGCAGAACAGCCGGCGGGAGGGGGCCGAGGGGGCCGAGCAGAGGCUGUGCCGUGCGGCCGUCCAGAAGCUGAGCGAGUACAUCCAGCUCAACUUCUCGGUGGACGAGAGCAAACUGCAGGCGACGGACAGCGUGACUUCGGAUAUGGAGAUCUGCACUGUCUACCUGGCCCAGGAGAUGCGGAAAACUGAGGUUCUGGGUUUGAGCUUUGGGAACAUCCCAGCCCUGGGGGACUAUGGAGAGAAGCGGCGGGGAGGAAAGAAGAGAAAGGGUCAUAAGGGGCCAGUGCUUGAUGUUGGGUGCAUCUGGGUGACAGACUUGAAGAAAAACAGCCCGGCUGGGAAGUGUGGGAGGCUGCGCCUGAAGGACGAGAUCCUCUCCUUGAAUGGGCAGUUGAUGGUCGGCGUGGAUGUCACUGGUGCAAGUUACCUGGCCGAGCAGUGCUGGAAUGGCGGCUUCGUCUACCUGAUCAUGUUGCGCCGCAUCAAGCGCAAAGCCCCUCUUCCUCCCUCCAACGGCAACAACAGCAACAGCUGCGACCCCAAAGCCAAGCCCAGCCCCGAACCCGCUGACAGAGCCGCUCAAAAUGGGAAAAGGACCAGGAAGUUUGGGGUCAUCACCAGGACGCCGGGUGGCAAGGACAGCAAAGAAAAGCCAGGCACAGAGCACGGGAACGGGCACUGCACCCCGAUGGAGGUGGAGGUUGCUCAGCCAGAGACCUCGGAAGCAGAAGGCCACGUGGAGGAGCUGUUCCGUGGCACGGGGGGACAGUGCCGGUCCCGGCUGUCGGAUGGUGGCGUGCCGGACAUUGGUGACCAGCCUGCCCAGCGAGAAGGUUGCCGCAUAUGGAAGAUGCACAUCCUGAAGGGGACCGACGGGCUGGGGAUCCAGAUAACGGGAGGCAGAGGGUCGAAGCGGUCCCCUCACAGCAUCAUCGUCACCCACGUGGAGGAAGGCGGCUCGGCACACAGGGACGGCAGGCUGACGGUGGGCGAUGAGCUCCUGAUGAUCAAUGGGCAGUCGCUGGUGGGGCUGUCCCACCAGGAUGCUGUGGCUCUCCUUCGCUCAGCUGCUGGCCUGGUCCAGCUGGUGGUUGCUAGCAAGGAAUCUGCCGAAGGGGAUUUUCUGAAGUACCCAUCUACCAGUUUGCCAGACUUGCUUAGCACUUGCUCAGUCCAAGACUCUGUCUCUUGCACUGACAAUAAAGAAAACGAAGAGCCAGAAGAAGAUGAUGUGAAGGGAGUGAAUGUGUCUCCUGAAUCACUGGUUGCUGUGAUGGAAACUGAGAAGUCUCAAGACCCAGCUUCUGCAGAAGCGUCCAAAGGAAACAACCAGAGUCCGACUCUGGGAAGUGGCAUACUGAAAUACAGAAGUCGAUCCCAAGGUGCCGGCUCCCGCUUAGAGUCCGUGGGGGAAGACGAUGAGCUGAUGGUGGAAAAUGGUGAAUCGAGCUAUGAGAUAGCAGUGAAAUACUCCCGGGGUGGGAGAAAGCACUCUCUGCCACAGCAGCUGGAGUCAGCAGGAGCUAGGCAGGACUACCACAUCGUGAAGAAAUCCACCCGUUCCUUCAGUGCCGCCCAGGUGGAAUCUCCAUGGAGACUGACCCAGCCGUCCAUCAUCUCCAACAUUGUCCUGAUGAAAGGGCAAGGCAAGGGUCUUGGAUUCAGCAUUGUGGGAGGUCAGGAUUCUGCUCGUGGACGCAUGGGGAUUUUUGUGAAGACCAUAUUCCCAAAUGGAGCGGCGGCUGCUGAUGGCAGGCUUAAAGAAGGGGAUGAAAUCCUAGAAGUUAAUGGAGAGUCUCUACAAGGGCUGACCCAUCAAGAGGCCAUUCAGAGGUUUAAGCAACUCAAGAAAGGCGUGGUGACCCUGACCGUGCGCACACGCCUGCGCAGCCCAAGCCUCACACCCUGCGCAACUCCCACCUUGCUGAGCCGCUCCAGCUCCCCCAGCUCCAGUGCCAGCGGUGGCACGCCGGUCCCUGGCCCCGACGAGACGGAUGGUUCCUCCUCCAGCCGCAAAGGCCCCGGCCCAAAGGACAGGAUAGUCAUGGAUGUGACGCUCAAUAAAGAGCCAGGGGUUGGACUUGGCAUUGGUGCCUGUUGUCUUACUCUGGAAAACAGUUCUCCGGGGAUAUACAUUCACAGCCUGGCCCCAGGAUCAGUCGCUAAAAUGGAUGGCAGAUUAAGUCGGGGCGAUCAGAUCCUGGAGGCAGAUUCGGUCAGCCUGCGUCACGCGGCAUUAAGCGAAGCCUACGCCAUUCUGAGCGAAUGUGGUCCAGGUCCGGUUAGCCUUAUCAUUAGUCGGCAUCCUAACCCUAAGGUUUCUGAGCAGGAGAUGGAUGAAGCAAUUGCACGCACUACUCACCGAGAGAGCAAGGACACAAGCUCCUCUCAUGUCACAGGAGCUGUACAAAAAAGCCCAUCUCCUGGUGUGAAGGCCAAACAAGGAGAGACCUCAUCUCCCCUCAGCUGGACGAUGAAACGCUUCCUGGAGCCAGCAAGCCGGCAGGGAUCUGUCAGCUCCGAGGCAGAGCUUUCCCAGUACUUCUCACAUGAUGGUACGAGCCAGAUCCCAUUCUCUGAUGCUGUGACUGGCUCCUGUGAUGAAGAGCAACUCCGUCAGAAGAACAGGAACAGUUUGCUGGACGAUGGAUCUAUUCUUCCUGGUAACCUGACUACUAGAGAAGCAGGACUAGCAAAAGCAAAUGGUCUGUCUUCUCCAACCAGUGGGAGAUCAUCUGGUCCUCACAACAAGCAUGUGGAGUCUGUCCGACCUGGCAUCCUUAGCGAUAGCCCCAAAUCUUCCCGCAGUCCCUUUCAUCGACAGAGGAGGGUUGUUUUCUAUGAUGGUGAUGCUAGUGAUGAUGAUGAAAGUUCCCAUAUACAAAGAAGCCAGAGGGUCAAGAGCCAGGAGGAUGCUGGCAUCGUCAUUACAACAUCAUCUGUAGAAAUUGAUGAUGAGAGCCAGGACAGUGAGUCACCUAAAUACACUGGCACAGAGACAUCUUCCCCUGUUUUCAGCAACUGCAUGGAGUCUGCAAACAACACACCAGAGCAAAUUGACUCUCCUUUCUUCCCCAUCAUAGCAUUUGACUACUCAAGUGUGCCUGAAGUUCGUCUCAGCAGCCUGAGUUUGAGGGAGCUCCGGGAAGCACAGCUGGAAUCUAAGAGAUCACCAAAACUGGAGCAUAGAGCAGUCACGAGAGUGAAAAGCAUGAUGAGCACCGAGUGCCGAAGCCUUCAGAGACAGAGGGUGGAGGAGCACGGCUCUUACAACAAGCCAGUUGCAAGGAUGCUCCCUCACAGCAAGAAGUGUGAAGCAUCUGAUGGGACGGGCCAGUGCCAGGGUGAAGUUGUCACUCUGGUUCGCAAUGAGCAUGAGUCUUUUGGCCUGGAUUUGGAAAUCCAAGCCGUGCCCUUAAAAGUUGUUGUCACAGGGCUGCGGCCAGGUGGAGCAGCAGAAAGGGGAUCCAUGGGCAAGAUGGCUGUAGGAGAUGAGAUUACCACCAUCAACAGUAUCCCAGUCAGUAAGAUGACGUACGAGGAGAUCUGCUUGCUUAUGCAAUGUCUUCCCACAUCUGUAACCCUGGAGAUCCAGAAAACAGCAGCAGCUGUCAGCAGAUUUACAAACCUCAUCCUGUCUCCAGCACUAGACAGUCAAAAUCAAGCUGAUGUCAACAGCAUCCUCCCGGUUGAGGAAGAACCGAGCGCUGGGAAGCGAGAAGGAGCAGGACUGCAAAACGCUGGCUGUGCGAUGGAGAGAGCAACACUGCCACCUGAUGCCACAAGCAAAGAUGUGCAGCGAGGUACCGUGAGGAGCAGCCGUGCCGAGGACAGCGCUGCCAUCCCUGUCACCGAUAUCGAUGACUUGCUCAGCCAGAUGGGUGCUCCUGAGACCAGGCGCACCCCAACGCGAGCAGAAAGCCCGCUCCGAGAGGAGUACACCACAAUGUGCUGCUGCGGGACCGACGAAGGCUGUCCCAGUUCUGAGCCAAGUCCAGCAAAGGAGGAGCUGCUGGAAAAAACUAUGAAUUGUGCAGCUAAUGCACAAGGGGUUUUGGGGCUGUCUGUGUUGGACUCUAUUAACACAGGCAAACUUUUUACUGUGAAUAAAAACUCUUUAAAUAACUACUCUAGGAAUUUUAGCAGUUUAAGUGAGGAUGAGUUGCCUGCAGCAAACUGUCUGAAUGGUAACAGAAGUGACCCGUUUCCAAAGUCUAUGUAUGGGGCUGCAGAAGAUUCUCACUCGGACACAGAGUCUGUCACAGAAAUAUUUGAGAGUACUGGUGAUCUGUUGCUUGGGCCUUGUGCUGCUGCUAAUGUCCCUGCUGUCUGUCCUGUAUUAGAGUCAGACGAGGAGCAAAUUGAAAUUUGUUGCGUGAAUGAUGAGCCACAAAAGCCUGCUCAAGAGGAGCAUCUCAUGGCUGUGACGAGCUCAUCCUCUCUGUCCCCACAGCACCCUCAUGGCAGAAAAGUUUUGCAAACUGAAGGCUGUGCAAUGUGUGGGUCACUGGAGACAAGCAUCAACAAACUGGGCUUGGAAGAUUGCAGUGGUCCCACCUGGUGUCCUUCACAGUGUUCAGAAGUCUCUUCUGCUUCCCUGUGUUCUUCAUCCUCUGUCUUCCUGCCAGAAAAAGACAUCUUAAGGAAUUCAGAUGAUAUCCCUAAAGUUUACUCUUUCCAUAACAAUGGUGCCUUAAGUACAGAAGAACAGACAGGUUUGGGGAACAAUAAUGAAAAUAUAAAAUGCUGUGAAUCUGUUGAAGAGGAAGGGUCUCUGCACUGCAAAAAGAUAAGCUUUUCCUCUGCUAGAAAUGUCAAUGGCUUGGAGAACAACUUGCCUGAGAAAGAAGGAUGUCAUGAUGAACAGAGAUCCAAAUCUGAAAGUGAAACGGUGGUUGAUGACUGUAAUCACACUGUUACCUAUUGCUUAGCAAAGAAAGAAACCAACUGUUUGUCCAACUUGUCUAAAACAGACAGUAAUCACCUGAACGCAUCAUCACCAAGAGCAAUAUCACUCAGGUCUCCCUUUCCCACUAGAUCUAAAGAUCCAAAGGCUAAUGGAAUUCAUGACUUGCCAGGGAAAAAUGAAAAAAAUAGCUCUGUGACUUGUGGAAGAACUUCAAAUGGCAAAGUCCAAAGCUCAGGCACAAAUCACUGCAAAGGAGCUGCAGUACCGCACAGCCCAUCGUCACAGAAAAAAUCCUGUCAGGAGUCUAAGGGAAUAGCACAAAAAAGUAUAAUGGAAACCCUUUUAAAUAGCCAGAAGGCCAAAGGAGGACCAAAGCUAAAAGGGUUCACUAUCAAAAGCAAAGCAAAGACAAAUUCAGAUUCUUCUGGCAUUAAUCCUACCAAAGUUGGUGGGGCUGAUCAGAAAAGGGCUUUGGUUUCUCCACAGUUGUCCCCCAAACUCCUGGGGAAGAAAGCACCCUUGUCCCGUAACUCACCUACAAACCCAGAAGCUGGAAAGAGCAUUUCAGCAGCCUCAAGGACUCUGAAAUCAGAGCUAGAAAAUAAACCAUCUCUGGUCAUUUCUGAAGAUUCUCUUCUGCCUCUCCAAAAUGGCACCAGCAGCCUAACAGCAAGCAGUGAAAUGAAAUGUGGUAGCUGUGGGGAGCUAACACACCUGCAGCAGGCAUGGGGAAAGCCAAAAGAAAAACAAGUUUCCAUGCAGUCUGCAGUGUGUCAGGGUAAGAGUGUUAAGGUGGAUGAUUUCAGAGCCGGAGACAGUCAGUCCAAAGCCCCUUUAUCCCCUCAGGAUACAACAAAAGUCGAAUACAUGAAAGGGAGAACUGAGAACCCUGGAGUGGGCCUGAACACAAUCAAGAGCGUCUAUAGUGCAGAUGAUGUUAGGCAAUUAGAUCUGCAAAACAUAGGGGCAUCUGCUGGAGGCCCCUCUUCGUUGAGGUACCCUGCAGUUCAGCUGGAGCAGCCAGAAGGGCAGGAGAUUCAGCGCACUUUCAUUGAGGUGAAGCUUUCCUCCUCCUCCUCUUCCUCCUCCUCUUCUGCCUCUUCCUCACCGGCACCAUUUCUGCAGCUGCCAUUGCUAGAAAAAAAUGAAGAGGUGAAUGCAGAGGUGCAUCAGCUAACUGAUGAGAUGGGGACCACACAGUAUUUCUCAAAAGUGGAUGUUGCCAGAGAUCGAAAUCUCUAUGGCUUGUCAAAACCUGUGACGAGGACUUACUCGAUGCCAGCCCAGUUAUCAGGUCACUUGAGGGAGGACUGCCAUGCUGCAGAGAUUCAUCCUGUGCAGGGUUCCCAGGGCCAUGCUACAGAGGAGAAAUACCCCCAGGCAGUGACGAGUACAUUAAAGAUGGUCCAUCUAAACCUGCCGAAUGGCCAAACCGGGAAGGAGCAGGCAUACACCUCCAAAAGCACACAGAGGGUGCAUGACACAUCCCCCUCAGCCAGUGACAGUACCUACCCUGCCACCGAUAAGCUGAGGAGUUUCAGGAGGAAUUACUACUACUAUGAGCUAAACUGGCCACAUGAACCUACCUCAUCCUUCUCUGUCAAACAAAGGAUCAAAUCCUUCGAAAACCUGGCAAAUUUUGACCGGCCUGUCGUGAAGGCCAUCGAUAUACACUCGUCCGUGAGGUCUCCCUUCGGCAGGAGGUCGUGUGGUGGGAUGGCCACUGCAGCCAGCCCCACAGACACGCCACGGGCUUUACGGCGCAGCUUGAGCUCCUAUGGCAGCAGUCCGAGUCCAGCUGACACUAUGACCAAGUCUUCCACGAGCACAGAGUCUACAUGUGCUGUGGAGGGCAGUGUAGGGGAAGGAAAGUCCCAAAGGAGCGAGGAGAGCAGUGCGAGGGUGGACUCAGCCGCCUUUCCACCUGCAGCCUCGCAGGUGCGACGCAGUCGAGGCCUGGGGCGGCCACCACUGUCCCGCUCCAGGCUCCGGGAACUGAGGGCCCUCAGCAUGCCUGACCUGGAUAAGCUGUGUGGCGAGGGCUUCUCGGGGCCGCCACAGCCUGUGUGCUUCAAGACAGAGCUGGAAAUCACACCCCGGAGAGCCCUCGGCUUGCCCAGCCGGAGUGACAUGGCUGGGAUGUGUGCCAGCAGCCCUCGGGACAGCAGCUCGGGGACACCAGGGUCUGCCUCAGAUGACGAUGCACCCUGUGCUGGCUCUCUGGGUGGGGAGCACUCGGAAAACAGCUGGUCCCUCAGCUUGGAUCAGCUGCUCGUCUCAAACUUGGACCAGCAAAAAUUGCAAGCGGCUUUAUCAGCUGUAGUACCAAAAUGUGACAUUGCCACUAUGCUUCAAGAUGUCAAGGCACAAGUAAAGAGCAAAGAAGAUGCAUACUUUGUAGUCCUGCGCAAAGAAGAAGGAGCUGGCCUGGGAUUUAGUGUUGCUGGAGGAAUAGAUCUGGAACAGAAAUCGGUCACAGUCCACAGAGUGUUUUCCAAAGGAGUGGCAUCUCAGGAAGGGACUAUUCAUCGAGGAGAUCUUGUUCUGUCCAUCAACGGCAAGUCUCUUGCAAGCUCAGUCCAUGGGGAUGUCCUGAAUGCUCUCCAUCAGGCAAGACUACACAAAUAUGCGGUCAUUGUUAUCCAGAAGGAAAAAGACAAAGCAAACAAUUCCUCCAGACUUGAGAUAUCAGCUACUGGCAGAAAAUGUGUGGGGUCUGGAAAUAAUGUUUCCAUGGAAAUAGGAACAGAUCCAAACCUGGACAUGAAUGAUGUCAUCUGUGUUGAAUUACUGAAAACCUCUGCUGGCUUGGGAUUCAGUCUUGAUGGUGGAAAAGCUUCCAUUGCUGGAGACAGGCCCUUGCUUGUAAAAAGAAUAUUUAAAGGUGGUGCUGCAGAGCAAGCUGGAAACAUAGAAUCUGGAGAUGAAAUUCUUGCUGUUAGUGGAAAAUCAUUACUUGGCCUCAUGCAUUACGAUGCCUGGAACAUUAUUAAAUCCGUGCCAGAGGGCCCUGUUCAGUUACUAAUCAGAAAACCCAGGACUUCAGUGUGAUGGGAGCGCUACAUCUAUUCACACUUGCUAAGACAAAAACUUUUAAAACUGGCUGGAAGCUGUCCUUGUUUCUAAUGCCACACAGAAGUGUCUUAAUGCUUUACAGAGAGGUGCUAAGAGCCUUGGAGAACCACUGAGCAAAUGAGUGUGAUGAAUGUCAUAAAAUCUCGCCUAGUUACUGAGGAUGAAGGAAACCAAAUGCUAGAGACAUUUUUGUAUUAUGUGGCAGUUUUAAUGGAACUUCAAGACCUUAACGGGUUUGGUUUAAAGUAUUUUGACUGAGAUAAAUAACACUGUGCCUGUCCCUGAUAUUUUUAGUACCUGCAGGGCAUCAGGAGUACAACUUGUCAUUAGCCAUCCUGUUGACAAGGGUGGGUAUUUAGACUGUACUGUAUCGCUUAGCUAUAACUUGACUUCAGGACUCUUACUUCGGGUCUGGUCCUUAUUUGUUAUAAUAAGAGAAUGUCUGGAACAAUCUCACUCUAUUCUUCUAAGUGCAGUUUUGCUAAAAAUGCAUGACAAAAGAGAAGUAUAAUUUUGCACAACUUUUAUGCCUAAAACACGAGCAUUUUAUUGCAAAGGUGAAAAAUCCUCUUAAAACUGAUGAACUAACUCAGCGUCCACCACAACUGAAUCUGCUGUUAGUGGCAACUGGUAUCGCAAAGCACUUGGCAAUAAUACAGUUGAAAUUUGUGAGCAAGAAAAUCAAGUCCAAAUAUUAGGUGAUUGUUCACCAAGGUGUAGACUGAGUUGCUAGUUGUGGGGAGCGAUAAAAUUUGGGGUCUGAAUUUUCAAAUUUAGGCUUCUAACAUUAGACACCUUUAAAUAUAUAUUUAUAUUUAAAUAUAUCUGUGUGUAUAUUUAUAUAUAUGUAUAUAUUUAAAAGAGGAGCAAUUUCAAGUGCUGAGUACUUGCAAAUCCCACAGACUUCAGCAAUCGCUAAGUACGUCUGAAAGCCAGGCUGCUUUUAUUUGGCUACAAGAGGUUGACUCAAGCUGGAAAGUGGUGGUCUAAGGAUGUGGUUUUUAACAGAUAAAAUCUGAAUUGGCUGUAUUUGUGGUGACUUUUAGUUGUUCUUUUUUAAUAUUUUUUUUCCUUUCCUGUCCAGUAUUUAUUUUGGCUUGUGUGGGAGUGGGUGAGUAUGUGUGCGCAAGGUGUAAGUCUGCCCGGCUGUGUCAGGAACGGACUGAUGCUGAGGGUUUUGAAUGGUGAAAUUGAAAACUGUUUGCAUAGCUGGGAGAAGCCAUGGUGUAGAUAGAGCAAAACUGUAAGAGUUGCAAUGCUGCAGGCAUUUAGUUUGGAUUUUCUGAGCUCUACCCCUGGCAGAGGUAUCAGCAGCGGGCCAUGCUGCCCGGUGUUAUUUAUAGUGUGCUCUAUAGGGAGGAGAAUGUAUGGGUACGAACGAUUAGACUCUGCUAUUUCUCUUCCUACAUCUGGGAUGGCUAAACAACAUAAAAGAGAUACAGGAGGAAAUGGGCCAGCAUCCUUAUCAGCUGAGAACAAGUUGUUUGUUCCAGAGUGCUCAGGUUGUUUGUCACAUUAGGCUGGAGACCCACUCACAGCCAACAUGCCCGGGGUGAAGAGCUCUCAGCCUGGAGCUGGUCCAAAUCUGAAGUUUAUAGUAAGGCAAGACACCGCAUAGCUGUUACAAAAAGUUCUGGGCUUGUCAUUUGGCCCUAUCCCAAGAUCAUGCUAUCGUUCAGUUUGCUUAUCUUUAUUCAACAGUGCUUAGAGCAAUUGCUUCCGGGAUGGUGGGCUCUCGGUUUGGUUCAUUUUGGUGACAGCUUCAUGAGUCUGCAGCUCAUGAUACACAGAAAAAAAUUUGGUUCUGUGAGACAACCAGAGACCAAGCAAGCAGUAAAGCUGUGCAAUGUUUGCCUAUAAAUAAAUAGAGUUAAUUCUUUUUCAGUGACAUGCACUCGCACGAAAAUCCAGGGAGAGAUGCAACUUUUUGGUUACAAAAAAGGCAAUACUGUACAUAUUCCUACAGCCGCUUUGCCUGCAGGAUAUGUGUUUAAGCUAAUUCAGGUUCAGUGCUGUGAAACGGCUGUGGAAUUGGGUCCCCUGUGACCCCAAAGCUCAGCCGCUACGUUGGGACCGUUUCUCAACUUUGGUCACCUCAGUUGUGGGUAGGUUUCAGGAAGAUGCAGCACGUUGGGUCAGAGGACCUUAUGGGGAUAAAAAAGUUAGCUUUGAUUUUUUGCUGAAAAACAGCAGACAUUUGGCAAUGAAAUGGCUAGGCCUUGUUCAGGAGCGACCAAAUUCUGAUUGUAAUAGCGUGUAUAAUAGAUACAUAAAAUGCAUGUGGAAUUUAAUGCAGUGUAGUAAAUGCAUUCCUGUAUAUGUAUAAUACGUACAAGUGCAGUACUGACUUUUCGCUAUUUUAAUGUGGUAAAUCACAAAUAUGUUUUAGGAAAUUGUGGUUUUUGUUUUUGUUUUGUUUUGUUUUGUUUUGUUUUUUUUCAGUACACAGUUGAAAAUUUUUGAGGUUCCAAUGCCGGGAGGACAUAUAGCUCCCUCCUUAACCGGUGUGAGCUCUAAGAUCAAGUCCUCAUUUUGUAAAUCAAACUUAAUUUGAGGUGUCUUAAAAUGAUAGGUGGUGAGUAUUUUCACACUUAUUUGCAGAUACUGUUCAUUGUGAGUGGUAUAGAAGGCUUUUAUUUUUCAGUACUUGAAUACUGUUCAGUAUUUUACUUUACAUGCACGUAGAUAUGUGUUGGAUAAGUAACAGCAAAGAGAGCCAGGGAGUUCUGUGUGUUUCAGUAGUGGCGAUAACGUAAAAGAUAGGUUUAAUGUUUUAAGUCUGAUACUUAAUAUGGGUAGAAUGAUAUGCUUCUCUACUACCUUUACAGCAAGAAAAAGAAUAGUAUUUAACCCUGAUUGUUCCUGUUCUGGAAAAUACUAUUUUAUUUUAUUUUUGGUGAAGGAACAGGAAACAUCUUUACUGAUGCUACCAGUGUUGAUCUGAUUACAGUAGCAAUUCCUGAUGUCUCUAUUGGGGUGACACUCCCAAAAAAAGUCCCACCAUGUAUGUAAUGGGGAUCCACUUUAUUACAAAAAGGAUAGAUAGAGCAAACAGAUGUAAUGAACCUUCUGUUACACACCUAGCAAAGUAACGGUUACUUUUCUGAGAGCCUGGUUACAUCAAAAUGACGAAGUUGCAUUAGUUCAUCAGUAUUCAGUAAGUUCAUGAGCAUUUUUGGCCUUGCUGUUUGCAUGCCAGUCCCCACAGUAAUUCUUUUCCACGCAGGAGGGUUGGCAGGAGAGCCGUGACUCUCCAAAGACUCAUAGCUGCAAUUUGAAAGACCAAAAUCAGGAUGAAAAUAUGCACUUGGUCCAAAACUCUUCAUCCGGGACCUGAAGGCAUGCCAGACAAGGUGAAUUUGUUCCUAGAUAGAGCAGGUCUGGUCUGGUCUGGCUUUGCUGCUUCCUAGGCUUGGGGCACAUCCUGGACAGGAUAUGAGAGUAGGCUCCGGUGUGAUUCCACAAUUAAAUAUUCUGCAGCCUUUUGUGCCUGGAAGCUCUUCACAGCUUCUUUGGGGACUGCAUCUGUGUUCAGAAAAAAAAAUAAAACAAAACUGUGAGGUUAGGCCUAAAUUAGGGAGGGAGCAAUAUCUGAUCAUUUUCUUGCUAAAAAAUAAAAUAAUAAUAAUGAGGGCAGAUAAGUAUUAAGAAACUGCUGAUUAACUCGUUUUCUAAUAAUCCUCACUUAAAAUUAACCCUAGUUAAUAUUCUGCAGUGGUUCUUCUCAAAAUCUGAAGGGACCAUUCCCAGGUGGGAAUGUUUACCUGUUUCUAUGUUUAGGGUAUGUACACGUGCAAAUAUUUGAUGAGUAGACUAGAUUUUGUGAGAAAUGGGGAUCCCACUAUAGGUAGGUUUUGUGUAUUAGCCUGAUACACUUCUUGUAUGAUAUUGUAUAUUUACACUUUUAUUUAUAUAAAUAAAACUUCUUCUAAUGAAAACUGUUUAAAAUGCCUUGUAUAUUAUAAACAGUGAGUGCAAUAACAUGAAAUAGAUUGUACAUUUUCCAAUUUGCUGUCUCUGUUAUGUAAAUCUGUAUCGCCAUAAACUGUUUUGUUUGGGUUUUUUAGUGAUUUUGAAAAUAAAUGGUAUCCUUAGUA